AUGAAGCUACAAAAAUCAUUUAAUAAGAAAUAUGUUCCUCUCAGUUACUACGAAAUUUUUUUUGCUUCUCUGCUCACAGUUUUUGUGUGUGUUUGUGCUGGACUGAUUGCACUUUCAUGGCUACUAAUCCAGAGGUUAGAACAAGCUGAAGCAGAUGGAAAUAUUCAUGGCUACAUGGGUACAUUUAAAAUACUGUCUGGGAUAUCAUUCAGUCCUGGAUUGCAAGACAGAUCAUCAGCUGAUUUCAAAGUCCUUGCCUUUGAUGUUGAACAAUUGAUACAAGAAAUCUUUCAAGCAAGUCAUCUGAAAAAUGAAUUUGAGAGAUGUGAAAUUUUACAGUUCAAGUAGGUAUAUGCUGUUGUGAUCUUCAGCCUUUAUUUUACCCAGUGGGUACCUGCUGAGAAAACAAAAAAUGAGCUGGUUUUGGGUAUAGAAGCAAAUAAAACUAGCCUUACCCAGACUUUGAAAGUUGAUGUGAACAGCAUACAAGUCACAGAUGAGUGCCUACCUCUUGCUGAACUUUGUGCUGAUGGUGCAACCUGUAUAGAAAAAGAUUUAUUUUGUGAUGGAGUCCUGAACUGCCCAGAUGGUUCAGAUGAAUCUGAAAAAAGAUGUGCUGCAGUUUGCGAUGGAAAAUUUAUAUUGACUGGUUCCUCUGGGUCUUUUCACUCUAUGAAUUAUCCAAAACCGUAUAAUGCAAAUAUUAUUUGCCAAUGGAUUAUACAAGCGCCUCAAGGAUUAUCCAUUAAACUAAAUUUCACUUCUUUUAAUACACAACCGUAUACAGACGUUUUAUAUAUUUUUGAAGGGAAAGGACAAAACAAGAUUUUAAGAGCUUCUCUCUCAGGGACUAAUCCUGAAACAUUUUACAUUUUUUCUAAUGAAGCUACAGUAGAGUUUGAAUCAGAUUAUUCUGAAAAUUAUGAUGGUUUUAACGCAUUGUAUACUGCAUUUAAUACAAGUGAGCUAAACAAUGUUGAGAAAGUCAAUUGCACUUUUGAAAACGGCUUUUGUUACUGGAGUCAAGAUUUAGAUGAUGAUUCAGACUGGGAGAGAAUUCAAGGCCCUACCUUUCCCUUUUUGACUGGUCCUGAUUUUGAUCAUACAUUUGGCAACGUAUCAGGAUUUUACAUUUCAACACCCAUGGGACUUGGAUUAUUCAGAGAAGUCAGAGUCCGGAUUGUGAGUCUGCCCUUGGUCUCUUCAGAUCCAUCUUGUCUAAGCUUUUGGUAUCACAUGUAUGGUGCUGAUGUUUACCGUUUGAGCGUUAGCAUAAGUAAUAAACAUGGUAUGGAAAAGAUAAUUUUCCAGAAAGAAGGAAACUAUGGAAACAACUGGAAUUAUGGACAAGUAACUUUAAAUGACUCAUCUGAUUUUAAGAUUAUUUUUGAUGCUUUUACAAGGCCUGGUCAAAGUGAUAUUGCCUUGGAUGAUAUUGGCCUCACAAAGGGAAAGUGUAAUGAAAGCAUUUAUCUAGAGCCAACCGUGAUUCCAACUUCUCCUACUGUGCCUUCACUUCCCACUGACUGUGGAGGGCCAGUUGAACUCUGGGAGCCAAACAGUACAUUCAGCUCUGAAAACUUUCCAAAUAAUUACCCUAAUCAAGCUUCUUGUAUAUGGUAUUUAAAUGCUGAGAUGGGGAAAAACAUUCAACUUCAUUUUCAGUUUUUUGACCUGGAAAAUAUUUAUGAUGUAGUUGAAGUCAGAGAUGGCAGAGGAGCAGAUUCCUUGCUUUUGGCUGUCUAUACAGGACAAAACCCAUUGCCAGACGUCUUCUCUACAACAAACCAGAUGACAGUACUGUUCUUCACGGACCAGUCUUCAACUAAGAAGGGUUUUCGUGCAAAUUUUACUUCUGGCUAUCAUCUAGGAGCUUGUGAACCUGAGGAGUAUCACUGUAGAAGUGGGGAGUGUAUACCACUGCAUAAUCUUUGUGAUAACCUCCUUCAGUGUGAAGAUGGCUCUGAUGAAGCAGAAUGUGUGAGAUUGCUGAAUAGUUCUCUAAGCACCCAAGGCAUAGUGCAGAUCAGGACUGGGAAGAUGUGGAACCUGGUAUGUGCAGAUAAUUGGAAUGAGCAGAUUUCAGACAGCGUUUGCCACCUGCUAGGGCAAGGGGAUGCAAAUACAUCAUCAGCUAUAUUAUUCACUGGAGACGGCCCAUUUGUCAACAUUACCAAAGCAGUUAACCAGAGCCUAAUAUUUACACAAAGAGAAUAUUGUUUGAACAAUUUGGUGAUUCACCUGCAAUGUAACAUGAAAUCUUGUGGAAAACGCCUCGUAACUCAGAACAGCGGAACAAGGAUUGUAGGUGGAAGUGAUGCCAAAAGAGGGGCUUGGCCUUGGAUAGUCUCCCUUCUUUAUAAUUUUAUACCUGUUUGUGGAGCUUCCCUUGUCAGUGACGAAUGGCUGGUGUCAGCAGCACACUGUGUAUAUGGGAGACACUUAGAACUAUCUCAGUGGAAAGCAGUUCUUGGCUUGCAUGACCAAUCGAAUACGACAUAUCCUUCAACAGUACUUCAAGACAUUGAUCAAAUAAUUAUAAAUCCUCAUUAUAAUAAGCGCACAAAAGACAAUGAUAUUGCGAUGAUGCAUCUUCAAAACAAAGUGCAAUAUACAGAUUACAUACAACCUAUCUGCUUACCAGAAAAAAGUCAAGUGUUUUUACCAGGAAUUUACUGCUUCAUUGCUGGCUGGGGUGGAAUUGUGAACCAAGGUCCCACUUCAAAUAUAUUGCAAGAAGCAGAAGUCCCUCUCAUUACAAAUGAAAAAUGCCAGCAACAGAUGCCAGAAUAUAAUAUUACUGAGAGUAUGAUGUGUGCAGGCUAUGACAAAGGAGGAGUAGAUUCCUGUCAGGGAGAUUCAGGUGGCCCUCUCAUGUCUGAAGAUGGUAACAAGUGGUUUUUGGCAGGUGUUACAUCAUUUGGCUAUCAGUGUGCACUUCCUCAACGACCAGGAGUGUACGCUCGCGUCACCAGGUUUGUGGACUGGAUCAGAAAAAUCAUCCAUUAGCUUGAUAUUUUUUAA